AUGUACAGCCCCGUCAAGCACCGUAAGGUAUAUGCAUGUGCAGCUUUUUCCCCAGCGGUGCUGAUGAUCAGUGGGAAGAGACGUGGCUUCUUCACGUGUAAGGCGAAGGGAAGGAUGCAGAGCGGCAGUUGCUCUCUGGAGCAAACGCAGAACCAACAAGUAGCAAAAUACGAAUGUACUGCUGAAAGCCGGAAUGAGAUGGGCGGGAAUCCCUACAUGUGCAAUAACGAGUGUGAUGCGAGUACCCAGGAGCUGGCUCAUCCUCCGGAACUCAUGUUCGAUCUUGAAGGAAGACAUCCCUCCACGUUUUGGCAGUCCACCACUUGGAAGGAUUAUCCAAAACCUCUUCAUGUUAAUAUUACACUCUCCUGGAACAAAACCAUUGAGCUUACAGAUAACAUAGUUAUCACUUUUGAAUCUGGCCGUCCAGACCAAAUGAUCCUGGAGAAAUCGCUCGACUACGGACGAACAUGGCAGCCUUACCAGUACUAUGCCACAGACUGCUUAGAUGCUUUCCACAUGGAUCCAAAAUCAGUGAGGGAUUUAUCACAGCAAACAGUCCUAGAAAUCAUUUGCACCGAGGAAUACUCUACUGGGUACAUGACAAAUAGUAAAAUAAUCCACUUUGAAAUCAAAGACAGAUUUGCUUUUUUUGCUGGACCUCGGCUCCACAACAUGGCUUCUCUUUAUGGCCAGCUUGACACAACCAAGAAGUUAAGAGAUUUCUUUACCAUCACGGAUCUGAGGAUAAGACUGCUUAGGCCAGCAACAGGAGAAAUAUAUGUAGAUGAGCAACACCUGGCACGCUACUUUUAUGCUAUUUCAGACAUAAGAGUAUUCGGAAGGUAAGAGAAUAUAUACCUUUAG